CCCCGAACCGCAGCAUCCUCAUGUUAUCGGUGAGGCACACACUACUAGUAAUGGUCACUUCGACUUCGACUCAGCUUCAACUUCUGCCCCCAUGGUCAUUGGGAUCCUCAGGAUUUGCGAUGACUUUGAAUUCUUUCCGGAGGCUCGCAUCCCGCACCCCCGGCUCUCAAAUGGGUUGUUUUCGCGACCCUCCGAUGUAUAUGGCUUUGGAGAGCGGUUGUUCACUUUGUUAGCAGUUAAAAGGAGCAAGCACCAGGAUGCUAAGGAUAUCGUCUUUUAUCAUGAUCCUGAUGAUACUGUCCCACUAUGUACUCCUUCCUCUGCGCCUACUCC